AUGUCUCUCAGUAACUGGGUGCACAACACCAAUCUGCGGGUUGCCCGCAGUCCGGUGGGGAAAUGGUUUCGUCUGGAAGGCUGUGGCCAUCCUAGAGAGAGGAAGGGUAGCUACUUCUUCACUGAAAUCCGCGCCGGCCUCGCCACCUUUUUCGCCAUGGCAUACAUCAUCUCCGUGAACAGUAAUAUCACCUCCAUAACAGGUGGAACCUGCGUUUGCCCCGAGGAAGACAUGGGUGACUUCUGUGCAACCAAUGCCGAGUACGCCUUGUGUACACAAGAAAUUAACCGCGAUCUUGUUACCGCCACCGCUGCUAUUGCCGCUCUCUCGACUUUCUGCAUGGGUUUCUUCGCCAAUCUGCCUAUCGCGCUCGCACCUGGAAUGGGACUGAACGCCUAUUUCGCUUACACCGUUGUUGGACCCCGUGGUUCCGGCAUGGUUCCCUACUCAACUGCUCUGACGGCCGUCUUCGUGGAAGGAUGGGUAUUCUUAGGCCUGACACUGUGCGGUAUGCGACAAUGGCUGGCCCGUGCGUUGCCAAAGUCUAUCAAGCUUGCCACUGGUGUUGGUAUUGGUCUCUACCUCGCCUUGAUUGGUUUGACGUAUAGUGCUGGUAUUGGAUUGGUUCAGGGUGGAGUUGACACUCCCAUUGAACUCGCUGGAUGUGUGAGCUUUAAUGAAAAAACUGGUCUGUGCGAUAGCGCGGAUAAGAUGCGAAGUCCCACUAUGUGGAUUGGCAUUUUCUGCGGCGGUGUUUUGACGGCUUUGCUCAUGAUGUACCGUAUCAAGGGUGCUGUCAUUCUUGGUAUUUUGCUCGUGUCUAUCAUCUCGUGGCCUCGUACCACAGCGGUUACCUAUUUCCCCUACACCGACCUCGGUUCCAACAAGUUUGAUUUCUUCAAGCAAGUUGUCACUUUCCAUCCCAUCGAGCACACUCUGCUUGCACAGGAUUGGAGCCUGGCUGGCAAGGGUAGCCAGUUUGGACUCGCUUUCAUCACAUUUUUGUAUGUCGAUAUUCUGGAUACGACAGGCACGAUGUACUCUAUGGCCCGAUUUGCCGGCGCAAUCGACGAGAAGACCCAGGACUUCGAAGGCAGCGCUAUGGCCUACAUGGUUGACGCAAUCUCCAUCUCCAUUGGUUCUCUUUUCGGUAGUCCCCCCGUCACAGCAUUCGUCGAGUCCGGCGCAGGUAUUUCCGAAGGUGGUAAAACCGGCCUUACCUCAUGUGUCACCGGCUUUGCAUUCUUCAUUGCGGUGUUCUUCGCGCCCAUCUUUGCUUCCAUUCCUCCUUGGGCUACGGGUUGCACGCUCGUGAUUGUUGGUGCCAUGAUGGCGAAGGCUGCCGCCGAUAUCAACUGGCGGUACUAUGGAGAUGCCAUCCCUGCAUUCCUCACCAUCGCCAUUAUGCCCUUCACAUACAGUAUUGCUUACGGCCUGAUCGCCGGUAUCACCAGCUACAUCACCCUUAACGGCUUUUCCUGGUGCCUCGAGAAGAUCACCGGUGGUCGCAUCGUCCCGCCUAACAAGGAUGAGUCUGAUCCUUGGUCUUGGAAGCUCCAGGGCGGUUUCCUUCCACCCUGGGUCAAGCGUGCUGCUCAUGGAAAGAAGGACUUUUGGAAAGCUGAUGAGGAAUAUGCGGAGGAGCGGGUUCAAUCUGGUGAGGCUGUGUCCUUUUCGUCCGCGUCGGAGGAACGUGUACCUCUUGAGAAAGGCCAUGAGACCACUGCUGCGCCCCUGAAGACAGAAUAA